GUGCUUACGUGAUUUGUUGCCACCAAGUGCUUUCUAGUACGGUUACAAAAUCUCUACAGACUUAUGUUCAAGCAGGAUCACAAACCACGUUGACAUAUCAAUGGACACCACCAGCUGGGGUUGAUCUUCUUAGAAUAAACUGGAAACAAGGUUCUACAGUGAUAGCAACUGCCACAACACCUAACUUUACACCACAAUAUCCUGACACAAAUGUAAAGGACCGUGUAACACUGGGCAGUCUUACCUCCUCCAGUACCAGAACAUCAAUUACAUUAACAAGAUUACAGUGUCCAGGUGAUAUAGCAGAGUAUACCUGUGAGGUGGUUACUUCUGCACUGCAUGACAGCACUGGAACAGCAAGUUUCAACGUUAAUCUAUUUGAGUUCCUUGGAAACGACAUCACAAUCACAUCUUCACCAAGUCAGCUGAAAGCAGGACAGCAUGCCUCCCUGACUUGUACAGCCAGUAAUAUUGGGCGACCGCCAGGCAUCAUGAAGUGGUACAAAGGCUAUCAAGAAAUCACCACUGGAUUUACUCAGCAGACAAGUAUCAAUAGUGAUGGUUGUACCUAUAAUGGAGUUAGUAUUCUGAGUAUUACACCGACAUCCCAGGAUAAUGGAGUUAUGUAUACAUGUGUUGUUGAACCAAACUCUGCAGUGAGUGGAGACUCCCCAAAGCAAGGAAGGUACACACUGGAUGUACAAUAGAAAACUACCACGGCAUCAACAUCCACGACCACAGUCACACCUGACGGUAUAGAACUAUGAUUCAGCUAGUCAAAUCCUAAUUUCAAGAGGGAAAUAUUAGUGUGAUUUUUUACAGCAUUUUAUAGCCUCGUUACCAUAUGAUAAAAUGUUGAUCUU